AUGACCCUUUCUGAACUUCUAGGUCUUCGGAUCCCCAUCAUGCAAGCACCCAUGGCUGGUAUAUCCACAGUGAAGCUCGCAGCACAAGUUACAAAUUAUGGUGCUUUGGGUUCCAUUCCUUUUGGAGGUUGCGAUCUCACCAAAUCGGUCGAACCUGUUCGGCAACAACUUGGAGAAUUUACCACACUUACCCACUCCAAUUGUGUUAAUCUCAACUUCUUCUGUCACCCUAAAGCACACCAGCCUCCUCCUACAAAUUCCCAGACGGAAAACUGGCAAAAGUUGUUCUCCACAGUUACCAAGUCGGAUGCAAAGUCUGUGGUUUCCAGUCUUCAAAAUGGAAAUGUGUCGUUUAAACAACUCGAAGAUGACCCAAAACAACUCCUGUUGUUGUUCGACAUUUUGAAAGAGUAUAAACCAAAAAUCGUUAGUUUCCAUUUUGGUUUGCCAGACAAACUCACCAUUUCAAAGUUGCAAGAAUUGCAAAUUCUUGUCUUUGUGUGUAUAACUUCUGUUGAAGAAGCUACCCAUGCCAUUGAACACAAUGUGGAUGGCUUGGUGGUUCAAGGUUACGAAGCUGGAGGACAUCGUGGAAACUUUUUGGUGGAUCAAGAACAUGACUCAAACUUGAAUACUAGUGAGUUAUUCAAGGAUGUAACCAAGUUGAUCUCAUUCCAGGAUAGAAAACCGUACUUGGUACCUGCUGGAGGAAUCGUGGAUGGAAAAUCUGCCCGCAAGUACCUCGAUGAGGGUGCACUGGCCGUUUGUAUGGGAACGGUAUUUGUGCCAACUCAAGAAUCGAACUCCAACGAUUUUGUUGCUACACAAAUUACAACUCAAAAGGUUCCCAUGCCUACAGUCAUGACUCGGCUUGUAUCAGGGAAACCUGCCCGGUGUCUUCGUACCCCAUUUAUUGACAAUUUAGUUGGUGAGUACGAAAAAAAAUCUAGUCCACUUCCAUCGUAUGGCUACAGCUAUUACGGCUACAAAAAGCUCAAUCUGACGCUCAAAAAUAGAGACUAUGGCUUUUAUUUGGUGGGUGCAAACUAUCAUAAAAUCAAUCCUUCUUUGACCACUGUCGAAGUGCUCGAAAAGAUAGAAAAGGAAUUGGCUACUUAG